AUGAUUUUGGGGGCUCUUUCUUUUAUUUUUGGAGGGUGUUGUUCUACAGCUUACACUCUUGAAGCAAUUGUGAGAGAAUACCCGAAGAGUGGGUUAUUGAUUACAUUUUCUCAAUUUGUAUUCAUAGCAAUAGAGGGUCUGCUAUAUUUUUUAUUACACAACCCUUCUGCACUGAAGAAUCCCAAUGUACCCAGGAAACGCUGGAUGUGCAUAGUUUUCCUAUUCUUUAGUAUUAAUGUCUUAAACAACGUUGCUUUGGGGUUUGACGUUUCUGUCCCCGUACAUAUAAUUCUUCGAAGUAGUGGGCCGCUAACUACCAUGUCUGUGGGGUGGAUGUUAGCAAACAAGAAGUAUACAAUAUUGCAAAUGAUAAGUGUUGCUGUUUUAACCAUCGGUGUUGUAAUUUCAGUUCUUGGGAAUACAAACGACAUUCAUGUACACAUGUCUUCAACGACGAACUUUACAAUUGGCUUCACGAUAUUAAUGGUAACCCAGCUUCUUGGUGCAUUCAUGGGACUGCUUAUGGAAGACACAUACAAAAAAUACAACGCUAGCUGGAGAGAAAGUUUGUUCUAUACUCACGCUUUUUCAAUUCCCUUCUUUCUACCACUAUUGGGUUCAAUUCGAAAACAAUGGAUGCUUUUAUUCACGGACUCUGAAAGCUCCAAUCUUGUUUUAUUUGGUAUGCCACCAGCCUUUUGGUAUAUUUGUCUAAAUACAUUGGCACAGUACUUGUGCGUACGAGGUGUAAAUUCCCUUGGUUCCCAAAGCUCUGCAUUAACUGUCACAAUCAUUUUGAAUAUUCGUAAAUUCGUAAGUCUUUGUUUGAGUAUUCUUUUAUUCGGUAAUCGCCUGAGCGGUCCGGUCGUGCUUGGAGCUUGUUUGGUAUUUGGUUCUAGUGCAACGUACGCCUAUAGCCGGCCAGCGGUUAAAGCAAAAACUGUUGGAAAAAACGAAAAAAAGAAUACCUGA